AUGGGGAGCGAAGCCACCUGCCCUAUGGAUGAACCAUCAUCACCAUGUACCGAAGACAAAAUUCCCAAUGUUGGGAUGUCGUUCAUUUCUAAAAAUAACCUACCAACAAUUGGGGACAUAAAUAGCCCUAUGGAUGAACCAUCAUCUCAUUGUACCGAAGACAAAAUUCCUAAGUUUGGGAUGUCGUUUGUUUCUGAAAAUGACCUUAGAGAAUUUUAUAGAUUGUAUGCACAAUCAAUGGGUUUUGGAGUCCGAAAGUUGGGAACAAGAAAUGGACCAGAUGGCAAACAAAAAUUUUUCUCUAUUGGAUGUGCAAAAAGUGGUUCGUUUACGCCAAGGGGGAAGAAUAUAUUUCAACUUAGACCUUCCACCAAGACCGAUUGUAAGACCAGGAUCAACAUUGUUGUGAGGAAUGAUUUUGAUUUUCAGAUUAGUAGUGUCAUUCUUCAGCAUAAUCAUCCUUUGAGUCCUUCAAAUUCAGCAUAA